AAUGAAUGAUUGGAGUUGUUGGUGGUGCUAAGCACGUGUGAGAAGAAUGUCCCAAAUAUGAUAGUUCCCGCCAUUUGUAUCAUCUUUCCCGGCAAUUGCUCAUUUUCGCAUUGCUUCCCUCCUCCCUUCUGUCGCUCUCUCUUCUCUUCCCCUCUUUCUCUCUCUCUCCGCACCAAGUCCAAGCCUCCCUCCGCCUUCGACGCCCUCAUGUCCGGCGCACGCGCCGCCGCCAAGAAAAAAUCCCAAUCCCAACCAUCCCCCAAGAAACGCAAAACUCCAUCCUCUCAAAACCCUAGCAACCUCAAAACCCUUACACCGCAAGAACCCGCCGUUAAACCGGAAGAACACACCGUUAAGCCCGAACCGCUGAAUGCCCCUCCCGUGCCAUCUUCUUCGAAGGAGAAGACUGCGGAGCUGAAGAAGCAAGUUCCCCAGCUGAAGAAGAAACCCUCAGAUUUCGAUCCUGCUUCGAUAACCGCAUGGGAGAAAGGCCAGCCUGUGCCGUUUCUAUUUCUCUGCUUGGUCUUCGACAUCAUUUCUCAAGAAUCCAAAAGAAUUGUAAUCACUGACAUUGUUUGCAAUCUUCUGAGGACUGUUAUGCACUGCACGCCGGAAGAUCUCGUCAAGGUCGUUUACCUCUCUGCAAACCGGAUCGCGCCCGCCCACGAAGGGGUGGAAUUGGGAAUUGGCGAGGCUUCCAUCACCAAGGCGCUUGCUGAGGCGUAUGGAACAAAUGAGGCCUGGAUUAAGACUCAGUAUCAGAAAAAAGGGGAUUUGGGCUUGGUUGCUAAAGAGAGCCGUUCUUCGCAGCCCAUGAUUAUGAUGUUUAAGCCUGAAGUAUUGACUAUUAGGAAGGUUUUCAACACUUUUCGCCUUAUUGCUAAGGAAUAUGGGAAAGAAAGUCAAGAGAAGAAAAAGAAUCAUAUGAAGGCACUUCUUGUUUCUGCAACUGACUGUGAACCUCAAUAUCUAAUCCGUUUGCUACAGUCAAAGUUGCGAAUUGGCUAUGCUGAGAAAACUCUCUUAGCUGCAUUAGGUCAAGCUGCAGUAUACACUGAAGAACACUCUAAACUGCCUCCUGAUAUUCAGUCUCCUUUAGAAGAGGCUUCGAACAUUGUUAAACAAGUCUAUUCUGUUCUUCCUGACUAUGACAAAAUAAUAUCUGCACUGCUUACGGAGGGUCUUUGGAUGCUUCCAAAGAAAUGUAAUUUUACUCCUGGUGUUCCAAUUGGACCUAUGCUGUCAAAGGCAACAAAGGGUGUAUCUGAAAUUCUAAAUAAAUUCCAGGAUGUGGAGUUUACCUGUGAAUACAAAUAUGAUGGAGAGCGUGCCCAGAUACAUUACCUGGAGAAUGGCUCAGUUGAGAUUUACAGUAGACAUGCAGAACGGAAUACUGGGAAGUUUCCUGAUGUUGUUGCUGCUGUUUCAAGGUUAAAGAAACCAACUGUAUCAUCAUUAAUUCUUGAUUGUGAAAUUGUUGCAUAUGAUCGUCAAACACAGACGAUCCGUUCUUUCCAGGCGCUUAGUACUCGGGCUCGCAAGAAUGUAGAAAUGGAAGAUAUAAAGGUUGAUGUUUGCAUAUUUGCUUUUGAUUUGUUGUAUCUUAAUGGCCAAGCACUUCUUCAGGAAAACCUGAGAGUCCGUAGAGAGCAUCUCUAUGCCUCUUUUGAGGAAGAGCCUGGAUUUCUUCAGUUUGCAACAACGAUAACAUCAAAUGAUGUUGAGGAAAUACAGAAGUUUCUUGACCAAGCUGUUGGUGCAAGUUGUGAGGGGUUAAUUAUUAAAACAUUAAAUGAGGAUGCUACAUAUGAACCUUUGAAGCGAUCACUCAACUGGCUAAAACUGAAGAAAGAUUAUAUGGACAAUAUAGGGGACUCACUAGAUUUGGUACCUAUUGCUGCUUUCCAUGGUCGUGGGAAACGUACAGGAGUUUAUGGUGCCUUCCUCCUUGCUUGCUAUGACAGUGACAACGAAGAAUUUCAAAGUAUUUGCAAGAUAGGAACGGGAUUCUCUGAAGCAGUGCUUGAAGAACGUUCUUCUAGUCUUCGUUCUAAAGUGAUUCCCAAGCCAAAGGCAUACUAUAGAUUUGGAGAAUCAAUCAAUCCUGAUGUCUGGUUUGAAGCCAGUGAGGUAUGGGAGGUGAAAGCUGCCGACCUGACCAUUAGCCCUGUUCACCGUGCUGCAGUGGGCAUAGUAGAUCCGAACAAGGGCAUAUCUCUUCGAUUUCCACGACUACUUCGAGUCAGGCCUGACAAAUCUCCCGAACAGGCCUCAUCAUCUGAGCAGGUUGCUGAAAUGUAUAACGCUCAAAAACAAAAUCACACGAUCAACCAAAAUGACGAUGAAGAUGAUGAUUGAUUGAGUGAAAAAAUUCUGUUUCUCACGCUGAGCUAUAAGAUCUCAGUAUUUUUUGCUCUGAUGAUCCAUUAGAGUGUAAAUCUGAAUUCUUUACCUUCAAGCAUAGGUCAGAGAGCAUAACUGCCUUUUCAACAUGAUUGAAAAUUCGGUGUAAAACGUGAAAGAACCUCAUGGAGGGUCCGAAAAGUAGACAUUUGCGCUUAAACCAUGUUUAGUUUGACAAUUUUUCAGUAGAGGCCCCCCUGUUCCCUUAAUUCUUGUGUAGAAUUCUCUAUUGUUCUUUGUAACAUGAUGCAGUAGUUUAGGUUUGUUAGCAUUGACGAAAACAGUUUAAAAUGUUUUUUCACGUUAAUGGAUCUCAACAUUAAUCCAUGUGUCAAAUGAUUUAGCAUA